UUGCCGACUGUUUCGCUGUUCACCACCCGUGCGAUCAAACCGUACGAAGAGCUCACCUAUGAUUACGGCAAUCAACUCAUCGAUAUGUACGACUUCAGCGGCGCUGACGACAGCCAAUCCGUGAGCAGCGCUAGCGAUAGCUAUAAAACAGCGACAAUGGAUGUGACCCAAGAGGUGGACAGUAAUGGCAACUGUAAUGGUGUGACGAAUGGGGUGUCUAAUGGCGUGAGUAAUGGCUUAUCCAAUGGUGUGGUCAAUGGCGAGACCAGUGGUGUAUCUAAUUGUGUGGCCAAUGGUGGCGGUGAGAGCAGACCCGCGGCCGACAGACCCGAGCGGUUGGCCUUAAAGCGCAUUGAAUGCACACAUUUGAGCACAAAUAAUGUGACCAAACAUGUGGUGAACAAAAAGUCUGCCAAAGAGUCGACUUCAGUAGAAGAAGAAGAGGAAGAGUUGGCAAUAUCAUCGUGGGAUGAGUUCGACAAGUUUGUCGAUUACGUGAAGUGGGCGGUCGGCAACGGGUUGCAGGACUUGGCCGCGCUUUACCGCCUGUCGGACCACAAACACAGUGUAGACGAACUGCGGGCCAAUAAGAAGCUCGUGAGACAAUUGAAGAAUCAGAUGAAGACAAAUAUUGGCCACUUUUUAAGCCUGAAGUUUGACCGCCUGAAGCCUGAAACGAAUAAUCAAGAAAGACAACGGGCGAUGCGAGCCGUCAAAGGGGUGGCCAUUAUUUUACGGCUAAAGGACAACGGCUUCGAGACGCUUACCGAUUGGUUUAAGUUCAUCGACCGGCGGUCCGAAAUGGCCAAACGAUUGGCCCGAUUCGCCGACAAGUGUAAUAAAGUGAUCGCUGAGAAGCGCGAAGGCGUCCGGAUAUCGGUGGCCAACGAUUACGACCUGGAAGUGCCUGUAUUGGAGCAAUACGUCUGCGAAUGCGUGUACGACAAGUCACUGUUCCCGAAGUCGACGAUCAAGUCGUGCGAAUGCGACGACUGUUUCAAAGACCGGAAAACGUGUUGUCCGUCGCGAACCGCCAGUUUCCCGAUGGUCUACAACCAGAAGGGUUUACUUCGCGAUGAUAUUCUCAAUGAAAUCGAAAACCCAAUGAUCAUCGAGUGUACCGAAUGCAAGUGCGGCGCCGAUUGUCCCAAUCGUGUGAUACAACGCGGCCGUCGGUAUCGGCUGCAGAUCUAUCGGCCGCCGGACGCGGCUGUGAGGGGUUGGGCGGUGCGAGCGCUGCAGCGCAUACCGAGCGGCGCAUUCGUGUCCAACUACACGGGCGAAGUCGUAUCGUCGUCGGAGGCUAACAAACGGCCCAACAUUUACUUUUACCUGAAGAAUACGCACGACAGGAGCGCCGUCGAUGACAGCCAAUCGGUGAGCGGCGCUGGCGAUAGCGUUAAUACAACUAAAGAUUUGACCGAAGAGGCUGACAGUAAUGGUAACGACGUGUCCACUGGUGUGGCCAAUGGUGGCGGUGAGAGCAGACCCGCGGCCGACAGACCCGAGCGGUUGGCCUUAAAGCGCAUUGAAUUGUACGCAAUGGACGCAUGUUUUACUCAUUGGUGUCCACUAUUGAGAGUUACGUUUACUUAUACCUUGUUUGAAACGAUGCCAAAACGGAACCCAAAAAGUGUGACCAAAAAGUCGGCUAAAAGUUACGCUUUGGUAGAAGAAGAAGAAGAGGAAGAAUUGGCAAUAGUGUGGGAAUCGCUGGCGAUCGUCAAUCUUGAAAUCACAUCCAAUGAAUCGCGAGACACGGCUGACACUAAUGACAGCGAGACUGUCAACGGCCGACACCCGCCGAAGGAGUCGUGGGAUGAGUUGGACGCGUUUACUAAAUACCUGAAGCGAGUGGUGAGUCACGGGUUCGACGACUUGGCCGUACUCUACCGCAUGUCUGACCACAAACACACUGUCGCCGAACUGCGAGCCAAUCAGAAGCUAGUGGUCACUCUUAAGACAGAGAUCGAGGCAAAAGUGCGCGACUUUUUUGUCCAGAAGUUUGAACGCAAGACAAACCUCGAGAGGAAUCGGGCGAUGCAAGCCGUCAAAGAUGUGGCCAAACAGUUACGGCUGGCGGCCAACGGCUUCCCAACGCUUACCGAUUGGUUUGAUUUCAUCGACCAGCGGUCUAAAGUGGCCAAACGAUUGGCCCGAUUCGUCAACAAAUGUAAUAAAGAGAUCACCGAAACGGGCGAAGGCCUCGAGAUAUCGGUGGCCAACGAUUACGACCUGGAAGUGCCUGAAUUGGAGGAAUACGUCGGCGAAUGCGUGUACGACAGCAGAGAGACCCCGAAGUUGACGGCCACCGACGCCGAGAAGUAUACGAUUCCCUCGUGUGAAUGCCAGGACUGCUUCAAACAACAGGACGAGUGCUGUACUCCACCCGGUAUUCCGAUGAUCUACGACCGGAAGGGUUUGCUCCAGAAGACUAUUCUAAAUAAAAUCAAUAAUCCAAUGAUCUUCGAGUGUAACCGGAACUGCAAGUGCGGCGCCGAUUGUCCCAAUCGUGUGAUACAACGCGGCCGUCGGUAUCGGCUGCAGAUCUAUCGGCCGCCGGACGCGGCUGAGAGGGGUUGGGCGGUGCGAGCGCUGGAGCGCAUACCGAGCGGCGCAUUCGUGUCCAACUACUCGGGCGAAGUCAUAUCGUCGACAGAGGCUGACAAACGGCCCAACAUUUACUUGUUUGACGCUAUUUGGCCGAUGAAUCGCUGGAUUGGCACAGUUGACGAUCGGGCCAAUGAGUAUGUGAUCGACGCCUACAAGUGCGGUAACGUCAGCCGUUUCAUUAACCACUCGUGCGAACCCAACUGCGCCGUCUUCUACUCAUACAUCAACUCGGAUAACAAACAGUUGCCGACUGUUUCCCUGUUCACCACCCGUGCGAUCAAACCGUACGAAGAGUUGACCUAUGAUUACGGCAAUGCAUUUACAACAGCGCCAACGAAUGUGACCGAAGAGGCGGACAGUACUGGCAAUUGUAAUGGUGUGGCGAAUGGCGUGAGUAAUGGCGUAUCCAAUGGUGUGGCUAAUGAUGUAACCACUGGUGGCGGUGAGAGCAGACCCGCUGCCGAUGACAGCCAAUCGGUGACCAGCGCUGACCAUAGCUUUAAUACAACAAUAGAUUUGACCGAAGAGGCGGACAGUAAUGGCAACGGUGUGUCCACUGGUGUGGCCAAUGGUGGCGGUGAGAGCAGAUCCGCGGCCGACAGACCCGAGCGGUUGGUCUUAAAGCGCAUUGACUGUAACUGCGGCUCAAAGUAUUGCCGCAAAUCUCUACAAAUAUCGGGACAUAAAAAGAGACCACAAAUAGAGAUAUCACUUAUUCUUCUUGGGUUUUGGUCUUCGUCUCCGUCUUUCUCGACUCUUAUUAAUCUUCUUGUUCUUCAUUUGUCGCUUCAAAAGUGUCUUUUGUUUCAUAUUUUUCAUCUCUUUUCGCAUUUCUUUUCGCUUCUGUUUAGCGGACGACACGUCCUUCCGGUGCUUCUCCUUCUCCCUCCUCUGGUAAGCCUUAUUCGUCUUCAGACUCUUCAGUGCCUCCAUUUUGUUGGCCUUCCGGGCGUCCAGUAUCUGCUGCCGGAGCUCAGAGGCCGAGCGGACGGUACUCUUCACACCACUAUCACUACUGUCCGCCUCGGAGUCCGACUGAUGGCCACCACUGGUGGCGACCGCCGACUGAUCGCCGCCAGUGUUAUCGUUAUUAUGGCCUAA